AUGAUCGGCAAUGUAAGUAAACUGAGUCAUUCUUGUGACUUAGCUUGUCGAGUAUGGUGCGUACAAUGGAAUCAUGCUGGCACGACGCUUGCAAGUUGUGGUGAUGAUAAAACGAUCAAAUUAUGGAAACGUAUUGAUGAUUCAGAUGCGCCGUAUUUGGUAUAUUCUGGAACAAUAAGCGGGUCUCAUAAUAGAGCUAUUCGACACGUCGCAUUUUCACCAGAUGACAAAUUCUUGGCUUCAGCUGGUUUUGAUGCUGCUGUCGUUGUGCAUCAGCUGUGCAACAAUGAUUAUGAAGAAAUAAAUCGUUUGGAAGGACAUGAGAAUGAAGUGAAAUGUUGUGCGUUUUCACCAUCCGGUGAAUAUUUGGCAACUUGCAGUCGCGAUAAAUCGGUUUGGUUCUGGCAAUUAGACGAAAGCGAAGAUUUUGAGGUCGCAUCAAUUUUGCAAUCUCACACGCAAGACGUCAAAUUUGUGGUAUGGCAUCCAGUUGAUGAGUUAUUGGUAUCAUGCAGUUAUGAUUGCUCCAUUCGAUUUUAUCGUUUUGAUGGUGAGGAUUGGAUAACACAAGAAAAGAUUGACAAUGCGCAUCAAUCUACUGUAUGGUCAGCUGAUUUCUCAGAUGAUGGUAACUCUCUUGUAACUGUAGGAGCUGAUUUUUGUGUCAAUAUUUGGAUGAGACAAGAAAUGAAUUUAUCGGCUUCUAGAAGUAAGUGGAAUAAGGUAACGAGUGUAUGCGUGAAAACGAGAUGGCCACUAUACACAGUUUCGUGGAAUAAGUUACAUGGUAUUAUUGCUGUUGGUGGAGGAGAUAGUAAAAUAAGGUUUUACAACUUAAAUAAUUCAACAAGCAGCCCAGUCCUAGAAGAAUGUUUUGGAAGCUGCAAACUUCCUUCAGAAAUUAACUGUUUGAAUUGGAAUCCGCUUGAAAGUAGAUUGCUUACUGUUGCUACGGAUGGUGGUGAAAUUAAUAUGAUUCAAAUAAGUUUAUGA